AAAAGAGGAGUCAGAUGGAGGUGGAGCGAGUCCAAGCCAUUGUUUCAUCAUCUCUAACUGAAGACAAUAUCCCAACAGAGUUUAUUCGACCCGAGGAUGAACAACCUGCAAUUACAACAUUUCAUGGUCCCAUCCCUGAUAUCCCUGUAAUCGAUUUCAGCGACCCUGAUCAGGAUAAUAUCAUCCGUUUGAUUGCCAAUGCUAGCAGAGAUUGGGGGAUAUUCCAGGUUGUGAACCAUGGGAUACCCUUUGAUCUAAUCCAAACACUGCAACUAAUUGGAAAGCAGUUCUUCAAUCUACCACAAGAAGAGAAAGAGGUGUAUGCUAAGCCUCCUAGGGCACACACCAUUGAAGGGUAUGGAAGCAAGGUUGGGGAAGAUGUUAAUGGAAAGAAGAACUGGUCUGAUUACCUUUUCCACAGGAUAUGGCCUGCUUCAUGUAUUAACCACCAGUUCUGGCCCAAAAAUCCUCCUUCUUACAGAGCGGUGAACGAAGAGUAUGCGCAAGAGGUGAGAAAGGUGGUGGAUAAGCUGUUUAAAUGGCUAUCAAUAGGGCUUGGGCUUGAAGCAGAUGUCCUGAAAGAAGGAGCAGGAGGAGAGGAGAUUGAGUAUCUGAUGAAGAUAAACUAUUAUCCGCCAUGUCCACGUCCUGAUCUUACUCUUGGGGUUGCUUCCCACACUGAUCUUUCUGCCAUGACUGUGUUGGUGCCCAACGAGGUCCCUGGAUUGCAGGUAUUCAAGGAUGACCAUUGGAUUGACGCCAAGUACAUCCCUGGCGCCCUCAUUGUUCACAUUGGCGACCAAAUUGAGAUACUAAGCAAUGGAAAGUACAAGUCAGUGUUGCAUCGGACAACAGUAGAUAAGAAGAAAACAAGGAUGUCAUGGCCUGUAUUCUUGGAGCCUCCAGGGGAAUUUGUGGUUGGGUCACUUCCUCAGCUUGUUGAUCCUCAAAAUCCCCCUAAAUAUAAGCCCAAGAAAUUCAAGGACUAUAGUUAUUGUAAACUUAACAAAUUACCCCAGUAAGUGAACCCACAAAUAUACAUAUAAUUAAUGAAUUGCAUGCCCUAUUAUUUUUCUCUUUAUGUAUUAUGCAAUAAUAACUGUGUAUUGUUGUAUCAAAAAAACAACUGUGUGUUGUAUUUGGCCCAAAAUAGAAAAUUGCGUGGGGUA